GGCGCCUCCUCCAGUCUUGUGGUCAAGUUCGCUGACACCGAGAAGGAAAGACAACUCCGCCGCAUGCAACAGAUGGCUGGACCCCUAGGACUCCUCAACCCCUUCGCCCUCGGGGGCUACAGCGCCGCAGCCGCUUACGCACCGGUGGAGCCACCCUACGAGUUGGCCCGUGUAGGCUCCUACGAGACACUGGCUCCUCAGGAACGCCCACCCCAGCCGCCAUCAACGGAGCGCCCCCUAGCAUGCUGUCCCCCACUGCCAUGGCGUCGUUCCCUGUGCCGCCAGCCAACGGGACCACAGAGAUCUACACCAAUGGGAUCCCACAUUACACAGCUGUUACAAAUGGUGACCCCCUCCAAGCCUACGCUGCCAUUCCAUCUUACGCAGGCAUUGCUGCCUACCCCGCGGUGUACGGAGGGUUCCAGCAGCUGACCCAGCCCACCACCCUGGUCCCCACCGCUCAGAAGGAGGGCCCCGAGGGCUGCAACCUGUUCAUCUAUCACCUGCCCCAGGAGUUCGGCGACGGCGAAUUGGCACAGAUGUUUGUGCCCUUCGGCAAUGUGAUCAGUGCUAAAGUCUACGUGGAUCGCGCGACCAACCAGAGCAAAUGUUUUGGUUUCGUCAGCUUCGACAACCCAGCUAGUGCUCAGACUGCCAUUCAGGCCAUGAAUGGUUUCCAGAUUGGAAUGAAAAGACUCAAGGUUCAGCUGAAGAGACCCAAGGACGCGAAUCGUCCGUACUAGGUUUGCGCUGCGUUGGCAAACUGUUGGUCCUGACCAAAAAUUUGAUCCAGACUACGUGUGGACUGAAUGCUGUGUGCUGGGGAAAAGUCGCUACUAUUGAAAUCCAAUGGAGAGAGAGAUUACGAUCACAGAGAACAAGCUUAUCCUUAGAGCAGCCAUUUCCACACAAUUUUCUGAUAUUUCUUUUGUUUGUUUUUUAAAAUAAUUUCAUGCUAUGUCAUCUUUUGAUGCCAUUUAAAAAAUUGGCUCAGUGUGGAUUUCAAUCCGCCUCUGUCUGAUCAUGUUCUAUGAUACAUUGAUUUUUUUUAUUUUACAACUUUAGAUAAAAUUCUGUAUUUCACAAAGUAAUUGCUUUUAGAACCGGCCUUGGUUUCUACCCCUUUUUAUUGAUUUGUUCAAAUGAUUUUGUUUAUAAUGCUAUUUCAAUUUUUGAUCAUGUAUGUUUUUCUGUUUAUUGUGAAUUGUCCGCUACUUGCUUGAUACAAAGCCAUGAAUAAGGCAUCUAAAGUUGCCUCGAUACAAACAAUCAAAGCGAAACUUAGUCGUAUGCACUAAUAUACUCAAAUCUAGGAAGGCUACUGAUGUAUGUUACUUCAUUUGUUUAGGACCUCUGCUGUAUUUUUUUGUUGCUCUGCUUUGUUUGCAUAGUCAAGCUUGUUGAAAACUUAUGUCCUAGUCAAGUUGAAACUGCCAUUUGCGUUGUUACCUCUUUACUUUAAAGUUCAUUUUAGUACUCUGUUUACCAAUACAUAGACAUGUUUUUCAGUGUUAGUCAUAUCCUUUUGUAAAUUUGUAUAUCAGAAAAAAAA